AUGUCCAUCGCACAGCAAGCGGAGGCUUGGGCGGAGAGUCAGGAGCAUGCAGAGGUGCUUGUCAUGGUGGGAGGGCGCGUGCUUUUGAGUUGGCUCCUCACAACUGCAGCGAAGUCAGACAGCUCAGCUGAACAGCUGAAUGCAGAGCGCGCACUGCUGAACCUCUUGCAGCAUCGGGCUCUGCCGAAGAUGCUAGAUAUUGCUGGAAAGAGCCCUGAUAGCGAUGAAUUUGCGGAUGCCCUACUGAGUGCUCUGGGAGGCAUCACUCUCCCUGCUGCUGCCUCCAUCGAUGAGAUUCGCAGCAUGCUGGCAAAGGGUGAGUCGGGGCCAAGGAUACAGGAGCUGGCGAUAGCAUGCCUGAGUGACUAUGCUGAGUCAUCUGUAGUCAAUUGCGGCAAGAUUGCUAUGAUUGGCGGGGGCCCCGAGCUCGGACAGAUCGCGUCAUCAGCCAUCCAGGAAGGGCGGAGAUACACUCUGGAGACGCAGCUCACCCGAAUGAUGGGCAUCCUGGCUCGAGACUGCCCCAUCAGGCAUCUUCUGGGCAUGGGCCAGUGGCUAGACCCGCUGCUCUUCUUUGUGGCAGAUGCUUCGGCCGAGCGCAACUGGUCCCUGGCAGCCCGAGCCAUGGACAGCUUUUCUGCCUGCAUCAAAUACGGCUCACAGCUGGAUGCUGAAGUUGCGACGGCAAAUGUGUACCCUCUGCUGGAGAGGCUGGCUGGGGAGUCUGACUUGCUGCUGCGCCGCUCCCUGCUGACAGCCGUCGCUGCACUUGCUCAGCCUGGCACAGUCAGAGGGGACCUGCCAGAUGCUGUGCGAGACCGCUGGGCUGAACGGAUACUGGAGUGGAUCUGUAGUGACAGCUGUGAGGAGCCGCUGCGCUUUGCAUGUGCCGAGGCGCUGGCAGCGUUGGCGUCUGACAAUGGUCCGGGGGGGUUGGACGUGGCGUGCGCUUGGCUGGGAGACCUCCUCGUCUUCCUCACAAGGGGCGUGAAGACAUACCAGUCAAUCAGAGAGGCGCUCAUCCAACGCUCGCCAUCCGUGACAGCCCCACAAGAGGUGACAGAGGCGGUGUACAGCAAUGCGGUGUCGGUGCUGCCGGCAUACGCACGCGGGUGCGCGGCCGAGCUGCGCGGCAUCUCCGAACGCGCCGCAUCCUGGGCCGAGCCGCCGCCGCACAUGGAUGAUGUGGCCCAGCCGACCUCCCCUCCGCCCGCCUCCGCGCAGCUGGAAGCCCGCCUGGCCGACCCGCUCUUGUGCAGAUGCCUCAAGGUGAUGUGCGCCUUGGUGGCCAACGAGCCAGCGAAGCAGCAGUGGCUGCGAAGCGCAGGCAUUCUGCAGGUCCUGUAUAGGCUUACCCUGGGCAUGCAGCCACAGGACGACGACAGCGACGAGCAGGAGGAAGACAUCAGCCCUGCUAUGGGCCAACACAUCUCCAAUGCCCUGCAACGGCAGAUCGCACGCCUGCUGGCCAUCCUCUCCGCUGACGAGCGCGCUUUGGGGAGUUUCCAGGGCAGUGGUUGGCAGCGCUGGCUGGACGUGAGCGCGUCCACAGAGGACUGCGAGCUGUCCUCCCAUGCCCGGCGGGCCACACUCAAUUUAGAAUCCGCACAAGCCGUGGCAUUCGCCGAGAUGGACGAUGUGGGCAUGCGGCAGCCGGUUAUUGGAGAGGCAAACAGCACCGCACUGCAGGGGCCGCGCCUGGUGAUGCGCGACGCUGUGCACCUGUUCGACCCAGGCGCCCGCCACCAUCAUGUGCUUGCGACUGAGGGCACCGCCACCAGCUCCCCAGAGGCGCCGAGCAUCGACGUGGUGUUUGUGCACGGCAUUCGCGGGGGCCCCUUUGUGACGUGGCGGCGCGAGCGGACGCCCGGGCUGCCGCCGCAGCCGCCGCCAGCUGUGGAGCACGACCAGUGCUGGCCCUCCACCUGGCUCGCCGAUGACAUGCCCACCGCACGGCUGCUCUCCAUGGAGUACGCUGCGCCUGCCUCUGGCUGGGAGGGGCAGUCACUGCCGCUGUGGGGAACUGUGGGGCAGCUCAUGGACCAGCUGACAGCCGCAGGGGUGGGCCAGCGCCCAGUCAUCUUUGUCUGCCACAGCAUGGGCGGCAUCCUCAUAAAGGAGAUGUUGGCGAAGAGCGCGAAUGAGGGCGCCCCCGCGCACCACCGCAGGCUGCUGGACGCGACGGCCGGCCUGGUGUUCUACGCGACGCCCCACCACGGCUCCUGGCUGGCCGACAUCGGCUGGAAUCUGCGCUUCCUGGGCGCCUCCCCCGCCUCCUCUGUUGUCCACCUCAAGCCAGGGUCCCACCUCGAGGACGUGAACAGCGUGAUCCGGGGCCUGCACGAGUCGGGGCGGCUGGCAGUGCUGUCCUUCUGCGAGGGGAUGCCGCUGUCUCUGGUGCCCAUGCUGCCGCGCCUCGUGGUGGUUCCCGCCGAGACGGCCUCCCCCGGCUAUGGAGAUACCGUCCUGCUGCCGAGCGCCGAUCACAUCGAUGCCUGCAAGCCCCCCUCGCGCCAGGAUCCAGCCUAUGCCGAGCUCCUGGGCUUGAUUACUCGCGUCAGCCAGAAGCAUGGCGCGCCCCGGCAGACGAGCAUGCAUGAAACGGAGGGUCAGCAGUGA